AUAAUACUUCUCGUGUAGUAAAACUACCUAAACUAUCUAAAAUCCGUUUAACUCCAACACAAACUAAAUUUAUAUUUUACGGAACAAGAGGUGAUAUCCUAAAAUGGAUGGAAGAAAAUUCAUCUAUAAUUGUAGAAUUUGAUACUUCUGAAGAUGUAUUCUCUCCUCCUUCAACACCUCGGACUUUAUCAACUCCAUCUUCACCGUUAUCUUCAUAUUCUGACCAAUCUUUUGAUUCAAAAUCAAAUUCUAAAAUAACGUUUGAUUUAUUUGGUCAACAAAUUCAAAAUUCUUCAAUAAUGACUGAUAAUUUAGCAUUUUAUCGACCUUUACAUUUCGCAAUGAAUUAUCUACCAUGGUUAGAAGUUAUAUUAGAAAUUCGACCUUCGGAACCAGCAAAAGAUUCAAAAUAUGAUCCCGUAAGACGAGUAAUUCUAAAUUCUGGUAUAACCCUUGGUGAAGUUGCAAAAGCAUUAGAGAAAAGUUGGAAAAAUAUCUUACCAGAUAAUUGUCCAAUAAAAAGUAAACUCACUUCAAUCUCGGAUAAUGGUUGUUCAAUAAAAGGUAAAUUAUCUUCAACUUUGGAUAAAGAAGAUUUAGAUAAAUUUUGGAAAAAUAUUUUAUCUGAUAACUCUAUAUUUAAAAAAAGUAAAUCUGCUUCAACCUCUGAUAAUGAAGAUGAAUUAAGUGAAGCUGAGUUACGACAAAAACAUCAUAAAUUUUUAGAGUGGUUACCAAAAACUAAUUCAUGGUCAAAAUUUGAUACAGAAUAUGGAAAUAGAAUAAAUAGUUUUUCUAUCGGUGAAGCACCUUGGAUUAAACAUCGUGAUAAAUCUCCUGAAGUGAUACCACCUGGUAUAUUGACUCCCUAUAACAUGGAAGAAGCUUUAAGUAAUAUGGAGCAU